AUGAAAGAUCGUUCAUUGACGAAUGUGGAUGAAGCAGAAGCCGACACUCCUUUGCAUUUAAUUCAUCCACCAAAUCAUCAUCAUCAUAAUCAAACAUCACCACAAGUAUCGGAAAUGAAUGUUUAUGAUUUAUUGGAUUUAGGAAACGACUCUAAAAAGGAAUUAGAAAAUGAAGAUCAGAGAAAACAAAAUCAAUCAUUAUCAUUAAUUAAUGCUUCUCCGGCAACAUCCUCUUCAUCAUCAUCAACCACUCAACCAACACAAAAUGGAAACAAUGGUAGUUCAAACACUAAAAAUUACAGAAAUGAAAAUUUACCAACAGCUUCCCCUGCUAUCUCAGGAACAACCACAGGGCGCUCUCCAGACGCUUUUAUUCAAUCUAAAUUUGAACAGGAACGUAAUUCUAUUUCUCAAUUAUUUUCAUCGUUGGAUAAAAACAAGAAGGGGUUUGUAACCAUUGGAGAUUUGGAGUAUGCCUUGAAGAAGGAAGGCUUAGAUUCAAAGUAUAAUCCCGAUCUUUCUUGUAUCAUUCAACAAUUAGCUGCAACAAUUGUGAAUGGAAUGCCAAGUGAAAAAUCUUUAGCCAUUUCUGACAUUUCGGAAGAAUAUCGAAAUUUAGAAAUUGAUUUUGAUACAUUUUAUAAUAUAAUUCAAGAGAAGGACAAUAUAAUAAGUAGAGCACUCACCGGAAGGUUAGCUAUCACCGAUUGGAGAAACUUUUGUGCAGAAAUUGAGAAAAUUUUCGAAGAAACAAGACCUCUGACCGACGGAAAUGUAGCAACUUAUAUUCCGCAGUUAGCCGAAGUGAAUCCAAACUAUUAUGGGCUCAGUAUUUGUACCGUGGACGGCCAGCGAUUUUCUGUUGGAGACUGUGACGUGGAUUUUACAAUUCAAUCUUGCUCCAAAGUAUUCACUUAUUGUUUAGUUUGCGAAGAUAGAGGUGCCGAUAAUGUGCAUCAAUAUGUUGGAUUUGAACCAAGUGGUGUUUCGUUUAAUGCCUUCACAUUGGAUGAGCACAACAAGCCUCACAAUCCAAUGAUUAACGCCGGUGCCAUUACUGUUUGUUCAUUAGUGAAACCAGAGUUAUCGCCCUCGAAGCGAUUUACGUAUAUUUCCAGUAAAUUUUCGAGGUUUGCUGGUGGGAGUAAGAUUGGUUUUGACAAUGCAACAUUUUUGAGUGAGAAAUCAACAGGUGAUCGAAAUUUUGCCCUUGCCUAUUACAUGGAAGAAAAUAAUGUGUUUCCAGAAGGAAGCAAUAUUGAAGAUACGCUUGAUUUAUAUUUUCAACAAUGCUCCAUUCUAGUGAAUUGCAAUAGCUUGGCCACCAUGGCAGCAACACUUGCGAAUGGAGGUACAUGUCCUCUAACGAACGAAAUUAUUGUUUCUGCAGAUACUGUGAAAUGUGCUUUACAGCUAAUGUUAUCUUGUGGAAUGUACGACUUUAGCGGAAAUUGGUCAUGUACUGUAGGUCUGCCAGCCAAAUCUGGUGUUGCUGGCGCAAUUUGUAUUGUAAUCCCCUCUGUAAUGGGAAUGUGCAUUUUUUCACCUCGUUUAGAUAAGAGAGGAAACAGCGUAAGAGGAGUGGAAUUUUGUAAGCGUGCUUCUGACAAGUUUGAGUGGAGCCUAUUCGACCGAUUGGUUCCGAAUCCGGUUUGUCACUCUCCCUGUGUUGACAACACCAACGAAAAAGCUUCUACUACUGAACAAGCCGUUAUGGAUCAAGACCAGAAAACAAAACGAAAAAGAACGAACUUUCAACCUCUUGUCGUUGAGCAAAGUUCCUUAACUAAAAAACCAAAACAAUGA